AUGGAUCAUCCUAAGCGGCGGUUAAUCCUUCACAUGGAUAUGAAUAACACAGUAAUUAUGAAAGAUGAAGCAAACGGCUACUCCCUUGAUUUUACUGUAAAGUUUAUUUAGCUCAGCAAAAUUCUCGCAAGUGAAUGCUGGGGCAAUAUCGUUGAAAAAGAAGGCGCAAAGAUCUGAAAACUUAAUUUCAACCAGCUUUCCUUUUUAAGACCGGAUCCUGCUUUAGUCUCUUAUGAGUAACAAUAUAUUUACUCCCCUCCAUGCGCUAACAAAAAAAUUUUGAUCUCAAAGAAGGGGGUUCAUUUUAUUUUAAUUUAAUGCAUAAAUUUUAUAAAAACAAAAUUUUUUGAAAUUUAAAAAAUUCAUAUAUGAAAUAAUUUGAAAGCAAAUAUUAAUUUAAUUUGUAAAUUUAUAUUUUAAAUGCAAAUUAGCUAGAGAUUUCAUAUAAUAAUUAUUGCUUAUAUGAAUAUAAUUUUUCUUAAAAAUUUUUAUUUAGCGAAUUUGCAGACAUGCAAUACCCUCAAAAAACCCCUGAAGAAGAGCCAGACCCUGCAAGACGUCAAGUUUUAAACAAAGAAAACAAAAUUUCUUACUGCAAACUUAUUAGUGAAUUUACACUUCCAGGCAAGCCAGGGUAUAAAUUUAAGUCAUUGUUUGAUAAAAUGCAGAGGUGCCUAUCAAUUCCAAAGCCAAUUUGUGAUGACUAUGGGUUGAUUCCAACAGAUGAGGAAGAAAAGAAAGAAGAAGAUACUGAAGAGAAAAAAAUUGUAAUUACUGAUGAAGAAGAUAGAGAUAUUAUAAAACAAUUAUUUUAUGGAGGGAAAUGGCUUUUAAUUCCUUCAUUCUAUAGAAUGAUCCAAGAGCUUAAAAAAUCAAAGAGGGAGUUUUCAAUUGUUUUCAGGACAUUUGGUAGUGAACUGAGUAACGUGAUCGAUGAAUUUAACUUGUUUUGCAAAGGAAAUCAUCCACUAUUUAACGGAAAACAUGGUACUCCUAGGCUGAGAUUUGAUGGGAAAUCCAAAUCAAGAGAUAUGAUAAUUGAAGAUUAUAAUAAAGGCUAUAUAAGUAGAAACCCCGGAAGUGAAGAUAUUUUGGUGCUUGGGACCCUUAAUAGACACCCAAAUAGCGAAGACCCUGAGGAAUAUCAUGCAGGCGCCAUGGAUGAAGGAAUUGUUUCUAUUUAUCGCGAUUUUCCAUCAAUACAAGUUGCAAUACAAGAAAGACUCCAUAGAACUGCUUCAAUGGCAAUUUCUGAUGAUUUCGAUUACUGAUAUCAAAACGGAAAACAGUCAGAAUACGGAAAACUGCUGCUAAUUGAUCAAACUGACUAUUCAACCUUACAGAUCUUUUUUGAUGACAAUAUUGGAGUUGAUUAUGGUAGAAUCGUAGACGUAAGGGAUGUAGUCACUGGAGAGCCGAUUCCUUAUAAAAAAGCCAUCAAUAAAUUCAUUUUCAGAGUUGAUCCUUAUAGAGCUAUUGUAGAAGCUGACUAUUUUUAUAAGUCUAUACUGGGCUGCGAAGAAAACUGGAAUGAAGAUAUAAGAAAAACUGAAGCUGGAGAGGUAGAUGAAGAUAAAGGAGUGGUAGAAGAAAUUAGUGAGUGGGAUAAACUUCAGCAAGCACCAACAGAGGAAUAUUUAUCAAGAGUAAUUUUGCCGGUAUUGCUGCCAGGACUUCAAGUUUUGGAUAUUGAAAGACCUGAUGAUCCAAUAUCAUUUUUAGCUUUAUAUGUUUUGAAGCAUCAAGAUAUGAUAAAACUGCCAGCGCCAACCCCCGUAGUCAAUAAUAUUUAA